CCCGUCCCUAAUACGGAGAUAAAAAAGAGGAAAGAAAUCUUCGUCUGGACUACCGGGUGGUGGUCAGAUUCACACUAGCAAACGAAACAAGGGGCUAUAAAGAGACAUAGCAGCCUCCCGUCCUUCCGCCCAUGGUCAGUUGGUCUCCCCCACCAUCUCUCUGCUGUCUCUGACAAAAGAAAACGAGAAGUAUGUGUGUCUGCGUGUAAGAGAAAGAGCUUCCUCUUUACCAUAACUCCAAGACUACAAAAAAAAGGAGAAAAAAAGACGCAUGGACGAUCUCCGCCACCACCACCACCAAUCCAUUCCUCCUCCGCCUCUCGCCGACGCCAACUCCGCCGCCGCCCCCUGGGCCUUCCUCUGGGAACCACCGCAGGAGGCGAGCGGGAUCACGGCCGAGGAGCUGAAGCAGGCGCUUCUCCGCACGACGGUGGAGCUCGAAUCCACUCGGAUCGCCGCCCAAGAGGAGCUCCGGCGAAUGGAGGCCCAGGCCCUCAAUCUAACCCACCUCCUCGAGAUCGCCACCCGAGAGCGCGACGAGGCCCGCCACCAGUGCCACGCCCUUCUCCUGCUCCUCAUGGAUCAUAAUAACCACCUGGCGUCAAACCCUAAUCCUAACCCUAACCCUAGCCAGGCGGUCCAAUUGGACGAAGGGAGCAACGUGGCGGCGGGGGCUGGGGGCUUGUCGUCGUCAUCCGAGGGGGGAGGGGAGGAGGAGAGGAGCAAUGGGACGUCGCCGGCGGGGAUGGCGGCUGUGGAGGCGGAAAUGGAGGCGGCGGCGCGGCGGCGGGGGCUGCCGGAGAAGGGUCGGCUGCUGGAGGCGGUGAUGGCGGCGGGACCGCUGCUCCAGACGCUGCUGCUGGCGGGCCCGCUGCCGCAGUGGCGCCACCCACCGCCGGCACUCCAGACCUUCGAGAUCCCGCCCGUUUCCAUCGGCCUCCUCAACUCCAACAACGCCACGACCGGAGACGUGACGACGGUGGCGUUCGGCGGGGGGCGGUCUCCGCCGCCAUCGCCGCCGUCGCUGCCGAAUUCUACGUCGUCGUCGCCGGAAACCGAAAGCAACAGCAGCGGAGGUUACAAGUUCCCGAGGAUCCGCUCUUUCCACCUCUGACUCUCUCUCUCUCUUUUUUUUUUUGCCAAUCACUGCCGAAUUCUUGGUCAUUGUCGCCGGAAACCGAAAGCUACAGCAGCGAAAUUUCCAAGUUCCAGAGGAUCCGCUCUUUCCACCUCUUGACCCUUUUCUUGUUCCUUUUUAUUAUUUCCACUUUUAAGUUAUGUUUUCGUUGUGCUGAGGCCUUUUCUUCUCAUACCUAAUAACCGAAACGUAUAUGAAUUUUUUUUUUUAAUUUUUGUUUGUUUGUUAACAGUUUAUUAUCCAUUUCUAAUAUAUGAUGAUAUUGAGUGAAAAUUCUGAUAAGAAAAGAUACUUCAGUAUGUAAA